GGCGUUUUGAAUAUAAACUAGCCGGCUACAAGCUUAUUCAUUCAUUCAUAGAGCUUUCUCCGUACGAUUCAGAUCGUGCUUGAUAUCUCAGUUACUUGAAAUACUUUUUUCAGUUGUACUUAUUUCAUAAUGGCAAAUAUGGGCUUUGGAAUUGAUUAUAGUCAAUUCAUGAGUGUUCAUGCUAGCAGAAGAAGACCUGCAUUAACGAGAGAAUUGACCAAGCGACAAUAUGGUGCCCCAAAAGAAUCCAUUUCCCUUGCUGAAGGUAUGCCGAACGAAGUCACCUUUCCAUUUCAAUCUAUCAAUAUUGUCAUGAAAGACGGUUCAUCCCUUGACAUUCAAGGACAACAACUUAACACGGCCCUGCAAUACAUCCCUAGUCAAGGAUACCCUUCGCUGUUGAAGAAAAUCAGAGAUUUUACCCUUCAGAUACAUAAUCCACCGAACUGGCAGGACAGAGAUGUUGUGAUGACCAAUGGCUCUCAGGAUGGUAUCAGCAAGGCUUUGGAAAUGCUUGUUGAAGAUGGAGAUCCAGUUUUGGUACAAAAUCCUUUGUAUGCUGGAACAGAGAUUAUUCUCAAACCUUUUAAACCAAAUCUUAUUGGUAUUGAACAAGACGAUGACGGUAUAAUUCCCAAAAAACUAAUCGAAGCACUUGAAGGCUGUAAAGCUUACACAGAGGAAGGCGGAGGGAAAAUGCCGAAAGUCAUCUACCUCAACCCAACAGCCUCAAACCCAACCGGUGUCACAAUGUCCCUGAGACGUCGUCAAGAAAUUUACCAGAUCUGCUGCAAAUACAACAUUUUGAUCCUUGAAGAUGACGCUUACUACUUCUUGCAUUUCCUGGACGAGCAACCUGUGUCGUUUUUGUCUUUGGAUGUCGAAGGAAGAGUGCUCCGGUUUGAUUCCAUGUCCAAAGUUUUAUCUUCAGGAUUGAGAUUGGCUUGGUUGACUGGUCCCAGGCCUUUGGUGAAUAAUAUCGAACUUCACAUUCAGAGUUCCAUGUUGCAUUCGAGUACUUUAUCUCAGGUCAUCUUAGAUAACCUCCUAUCAUCUUGGGGGUUUAAUGGUUUACUAGCACAUUUCGCCUACGUCAGAAGGUACUACAAAGCAAGGCGCGAUUUCACUGUGGCUUCAAUGGAAAAACAUCUCAAGCAUUUAUGCGAAUGGAACGUCCCAAGUGGAGGCAUGUUUGUAUGGAUCAAAGUCCAUGGAGUUGCUGAUGUAUACGACAUGCUCAUGACCAGAGGCUUGAAGAAAAAUAUCACUUUUGUCCCAGGUCAUGCUUUCAUGGCUGAUCCAACUAAGGCCUGUCAGUAUAUAAGGGCUUCCUUCAGCAAAGCAACCCUUAAGCAAAUUGAUAGGGCCAUGUAUUUGUUGGGUGAACUGAUAAAGGAAGAACACGUGCUUUUACGAAGGAAGCUAGAUGGCUUGGAUGAUGAACAUAGUAUAUUAAGAUAGUAAUUAAGGGCUUCAAUUGAGCUAAAAUAAUGAAUUAUACUUAUUGUAUAUAACUGGUAACAUGGGAAACAUAUGGACGAACUUCGUUCUUCUGCUGGAUGCAUCAUUGUUGAAGAUGGAUGGUGGAAAUACAAUUUUGUAUCUUAAGACGCAUACAAGAAUUAUUGAGAGAUGAGUCAUACGACUUUGUCUUGCGCUCGUUUUAAUUGAGUCUUGAAGCAGUCAUUUACUUAUAGUGUUUAUUGAAAAUACACAGAAAUGUAAAGAUCAAUGAAAAUUUAUUUAGAUAUUCACUAGCAUGUAAAUUAAUUGUUAAACAUUGAAUAAAAUACUGAAGAUGAA